AUGGUCGAGUCGGCAGCAAUCCGUGAUAUCUCCGAUGCGUCAGUGUUCGCCGACUACGCCGUUCCGAAGAUGUACUUGAAGCUCCAGUACUGCGUUUCGUGCGCCAUCCAUGGCAAGAUCGUUCGUGUCCGGUCGCGCGAAGGCCGCCGAAACCGCGCUCCUCCGCCAAGAGUCCGAUACAACAAGGAUGGCAAGAAGGUCAACCCCCAGCAGGCCGCUAAGACCGCGCAGGCAUGA